UUCCUCCCUCAUCUGCCUGUAAACAUCGCAUUACAGCGAGAGAAAGUCAGUCCGCUCCUUUCCUCCUCCUCCUCCUCCUCCGCCUCCUCUUCCUCCUCCUCCCGGAGGUUUAUUUCAGCGAAUGUCGCGCGCGGACGGAGGGACAUGUCUCGGGUGAGUCCGCGGUAACAGUGAGUCGAGACCAUGCGUGCGGCUACAUGCGUCGAGGGGAGCUGCGCGGCGCCCGGCGUGCGGACCACGAAGUGACGGCUGCCGUAAUCUGGACGCGCAACUCGCCGAGGUCCGAAGACCAAGAAAAAAAGAAGAAGAAAAAGAAAAAGAAAAAGAGCACAGAGUUUGACGAGUUGAGCAUUGGGGUUUUGAGUCGAUCCCACCGGGGAUAUAUCUAUAUUAUUAGGAAGCUGCUCACCGGGCGAGCAGAGAUGGAUCGAGGCGGCUGCCAGAUGAAUGGCGGCGGCGGCGGAGGAGGAGACGAACCCGAGCAAACCGGGAUGAUCACCCUGGAGGACCUGGAGUCUUUCUCCGAGGACCACAUGUCGGACUCCGGCAACAGCCUGGACGAAGACGCGAAAAGCAUGGAGGACGACGACCGGCUGCUGCACUACUGGCAGGACGUGGCGAGGGGACACCAAGUGGAGGUGUCUCAAGAAAUGGCCGAGCCCAUCCAACAGCUAACCAGCAACAACCAAGGACGCAGUAACAGAGAGCUCAUCCCGUUCACGCUGCUCGCACGCAAAGAGAAGUGCGGCGAGCUGCUGUGGGAGAAACGCCAGUACGAGAAGGGCCACUGGGCCUGUGUGACAAUGCGUGAGGACACUUACGAGAAGAGUAUCUGCUAUGGUUUCAUGAAGCUAAUGAGAUACAUCUGCCAGCAGAACUCCUCGGGUAACUACCUGGGCAUGACGCUGCCCAUCGUCACUGUGGUGCGCACCGACGAGAACCAUUCUGUGAUCUCCAAUGACGUCACUGUGGCGUAUUUCCUUCCCACGGAGCACCAGGCUCAGCCCCCACGACCUAAUGACAAUGACAUCGCCAUAGAGAUCUGGCCCGCCAAUACGGUCUACACGAGGCCCUUCACCGGUCCCACCAACGAAGUGACCAUCGUUAAUCAGAUCAACGCCAUGGCUGAGCAGCUCGACUCCCCCGGCGCCAACGACUCGUUCAUCGUGGCCGGCUACACCAACCCCGCUCACGUCAACCGCCAGAAUGAGAUCUGGUUCCUGGAGCGGCCCUGAAGGCCCGAGAAGAUCGCGCAUCAUCUCAUCAGUGACCCUCGAGCCUCACGAAGACUCCCCCCCCCCCCCCCCCGCAACACUGCCGCAGCUCAGCCACAGUCUCAGGUGCAACCUGAUCUCCAUCCACCUCCUCUACCUAAAAACACCACCGGCCCUCCUCCACCCCCACUCAGCACACUCCAGAACUGUCGGGGCCAGAAAUAUACUCGGCCCCCGACUCCGCCCUGGGUGAACCUUCAUUCUCGGUCGCCUAGAUGGGACCUUGUUUCACCCAAGAGAACCGAACCAAACCACUGCCGUACUCUCGGAAACCUCCCCCCUACCCCACCUGCUGUUAAAGACACAAUGAGUAGGAUUUGUCGGGUACGGUUUGUGAACACGACGUUCAGAGUGAGGCCCCGCUCCUCCGCCAGCUCAUCAGGGGGUGAAAGCUGAGCCCGGUUUCACUCGUUUUCAGGUUUGUUUGUUUGUUUUUCUUAAUCCUACUCGUUGUGCCUUUAUGGUGAAACAUGGUAUUGAACUCCUGCUCUUACAUUGAGAUGGCGAAAAAAAGACACCGCGCCCUCUAGUUUUAACCACUGAUCGCUGUCAGGAGAAUGCAGCCGCCUUAUCGUGCCCCCCCUUUCUGUUUGUUGCACUGCGCCUCCUUCUCGUCAUGUGGGCUAAAGGUCAAGGCACGAGUCAACAGUUUCUCUUUUUAAUUCUCCAGCUGGCUGUGGUGAUUUCAGCUCACUGUUGAUCCUCUGUUUUCUUUAUCUCUGGACUAAAUGUUGUGGUGUGGUGCCAGUUACACUGCAUAAACAGUUAUGUUUUACUAGCAAGUGCAAUAGUCAAUUCCAAAUACUGCUGGGCCAUGAACCCUAACCCCAAUCUCCAGGUUGGUUCGGCUGGGCUUGGGAAGGGGAUCCACAACAAACCAAUACACAACAUCCGGGCCCGAACUAGUGGCUUCAACAGUAAAAUAAGCUCAACAUAACAGGAAAACAUUCAUUUGGAAAAAAAAAACAAAAAAAAACAGAUGUGUUUUUCCAUGAAUGUACAGCUACAGGGAGGCAAAACACAAAAGGACACACAAACCAAAACGCUGAAAAGCUCACCGCUAUUACAGCUGAAUGACAAUCAAACGGUUACUACACCGUGUCAUUUUCUCUUGAGAAAAAGUUAAUGCAUUCCUCAGCGCAAAUCUAUUCACAUAUAGAAAUAUCUACGUAUAAUGUACCUCCGUCUCAUGCCAUUUCCGCUUGCUACCCUGUGUAGGUGUUUGUGAUUAAGCCUCACACGCGCGUUGUCUGCCAGGAGUUCGCCUUCAUUCGGCUUUUAUUGUAUUCCUAUAAAGACGAAUGAUUUUUUUUUUUUUAAGUAGAUCAGCAGAUCUCCUCGAGAAACUUGUUAUUUACUACUUUUUCUCGGGUGGAGGCGCAUGAAGUGGAUUUUGAGAGGAAAGUGCAGCGUGCUCAGUUGGCGCUGCGCGGUGACCUUGUGCGGACGCGGGCGGAGGCGGACCCUCAGGGGGGGAAAAAAACGGAAUUGGCCUUUCAUUCAUUCACGGGUUGAAUUGCAAAUUCAAUUUGCUGCCGAGUAGUGUGCAGACAAGAAAAGAGAGCGCAGAGAAUAUCUUUCCUGUGAUUGUGAUCUUUUUGUUAAAUGUAAGCUAAACUCAAACUGUUUUUAAAUGGACCCUCACCAAUCAAAAGAGAGUCAGAAUUAAAGCUAUAUAUUUAUCUUCACUAUAUUUUUCUUUAAAACAAUACUAAUAUAAAACAUAAUGAUACACAUCAAACCAGCUACAUCUAGAGUUCACUUUGAUGUGGGAAUGUUGAGGAUUGUCACUGUGUGAUUUAACAGGGGCAUCCUACGAAAUGCUCUGGCAUUCGGUUAGUGAAACCUUUAAUGGGUGUAAAAUUUAAAAAAAGGGCGAGGAGCUUGGUUUCAUCUUACUGAAUCCACAUUACAUUUUUAAACCAAGAAAUGAUCAGUAAAUAAAGUUAGCGUUGGCCUGGAAAGUCCAACCAUUGUUAAGGUCAAGACAUUCAAAUCCAAAGAAUUUAUUUUGCAUUAUAUGAUUGUAUAGUUGAUAUGAUAAACUCUGACCUUGACAACUGUAGUAUAAAGUAAAAACUUGCAAAGCCAUGAUAUGUGUGGGUUGGUUUUCCCUUCUGGUUAUAUGGGAACAUCACAGUGGAGUUUUUUCCUUUUCUUUUUGCUUAUCGUUUUAGUAUUUUGCAAAAGUGUUCUGUUUGGUGAAAAUUCAAGUGCAACAGCCAGAGCUAUUGUGGUUUUUCUUUGUUCAAUAAAAACGUGCUUGUCUCCCGCC